CCUCUGCUCCAGAUGCUGAGUGUGAGGGAGAGAUAGAACACACACACACACACACACACACACACACACACACACACACACACACACACACACACACACAGAGGACACUGACAGAGGACUGAGGCAGCACACUGGACUUCCAUCAACACCUCUGAAGACAAAGAAAAUAAGAGCCUUGAUUAGAGGUUGCCAACUCUGACAGCAGAGAAGUUAGUCCAUGACCCUGAACUAAUACAGCGAUGGACAGGAAAAGUGCCAAUGGCUACCCUAAGGCCGGAGGAGAGAGUGGAGGUGGGGGUCAGAGGAAGCAGCUGCCCUACUCCGUAGAGACCCCCUACGGCUUCCACCUGGACCUCGACUUCCUCAAAUAUGUGGACGACAUCGAGAAAGGCAACACCAUCAAGCGGGUGCACAUCCAGCGCAAGGCCAGGGGUCCUCCUAAGUUCAGCACCCUGCCCAGGAACUUCAGCCUGCCUGGGCAUGGGGCACGACCGGCCCCCAAGGACACCUGGUCUUCCACCUCUACACUGGGACCCAAGCCCCGGGGCAGAGUCACAGAGGUCCAGCAGUUCUUGGAUUUUAGAGCCAGUGAUGGAGGCAGUGGUUCGGCGGGGGGUCAGAGCCAGAGCAGCAGGGCGCAGGGGGGUAGCUUAUCCCCGGCCAGGCCCAGGGAGGAGGCAGGGGUGUUAGCCGAGAAGCCCCUGGGGAGGCCCAACCUCCUCCGGACGUCCAGCAUGCCCGUUACCAUCCCACACAGGAAGGGCUCCGAGUCCGGGGACGAGAGAACGGAGAGCGGCUCAUCUGAGAACGUGUUCCGCGCUGUGCCCCAGGACCGGUCGGGGCUGCACCAGCAGAUCACCGCAGCCCUGAAGAGGGUCAGAGAGCUGGAGGAUAUGGUGAGGACCAUCCCAGAGCUCAAGUCCCAGAUCUGCUCACUGAGGGAGGAGAGGGAGCAACUGAUCCUCAGGCUGCAGGCCCAAACCAAGCCCCAGCCUCCACCCCCCCCACAACGCGCCUCGCCCUCCCCAGCCCAGAGCACUGAUCCUGGGCCCGCCUCUCAGCCGCCGGGGGCUGGAGCAGUAGUGGAUCCCGGGAGAGCAGAGAGCACUGCGUCAGAGACAGAAACACAACAGGAAUCCUUAAAAAGUAUUGUACAAGAAGGAGAAGCAGAUAGGCUUUUAGCAGCACAGGCAUCAGAGGGACCAGACAGACAAAGAGAAGCAUUAGUGAAUCCAUUAGAGCAAACAGCGGAGCUAUCAGAGGACGUUACAGUACAGAAAGCACCAGAACCUUCAGAGAGAGGAGUGUUUGUGCAAGUCAUAGAGGGAGUCAGUGUCAGUGGUGAGGGGGACCUCCUCAGCAUCGAACAACUCCAGGCUAAGCUAGUAGCGCUAGAGGCUAAGUUAAGUCAGGCUAGUGAACACCUGGAGAAAACCAACAAUCUCCUCAGACAACAGGUAGAGGAAAACAGGAUGAAGGAGGAGAGGAUACUUCAGCUAAGCGAGGGAGGGAGAGAAGGAAAGGAGGUGUGUGGGGAGAGACAGACAAGUAGGAGGACCAGUGUGGACCAGGGGACAGAGACAGAGAGAGUGGAUAUUAUAAACCAGGGGACAGAGACAGAGAGAGUGGUCAUUAUAAACCAGGAGACAGAGACAGAGAGGGCUGAUAUGGUGGAGCAGGGGACUGAUACAGAGAGGAUAGUAAUAUGUUUAAUCAGAGAGAGAGCUAACAGUGUGGACCAGGGGACAGAGACGGAGAGAGUAGAAGUGGUGGACCAGGUGGCCGAGACAGAGAUGGUUAUUGUAUGUCCAGUCAGACCAAGGGCUAACAGUGUGGACCAGGGGACAGAGACAGAGAGAGUGGACACUGUAAACCAGGUGACAGAGACACCGCCUGGAGACAGAUUAGACCAGGUGACAGAGACAGAGACACAGACAGUAGUCAGUGUGGACCAGAUGACAGAGACAACACAUGUACGUCCAGUGAGACAAGCAAGACACAGGGCUAACAGUGUGGACCAGGGGACAGAGCCACAAAUACAGGCAGGAGUCAGUGUAGACCAGGGGACGGAGACAGUGGAUACUGUGAACCAGGUGACAGAGACAGAGACACAGACAGCACCUGUACGUCCAGUGAGACCAGCGAGACACAGGGCUCACAGUGUGGACCAGGGGACAGAGACAGAGAGAGUGGGUACAGUGGACCAGGUGACAGAGACAGAGGCAGCGCAGAGUGCAGACCAGCAAACAGAGACAGAGAGAGACAGAGGUGAGACUAGCAAUACCUCACAUAGCGCUAUAGAGAUUGAGAGUGCGGCUAUAGUAAGUGCAGCCAUAAAAAGUGCGGUCACAGAAAUUUCUGGAGCAGAAAUUGAGUCCACAGAAAGUGCUGUCAAAAAUGGGGAUAUCACUGAGAGUGCAGUAACUGAAGAAGGUUUUGUGAUUAUAGAAUGUGUGGACAUAGAAAGUAUGGUCACAGAAAGUAUGGUCACAGAAAGGAUGGUCACAGAAAGGAUGGUCACAGAGAAUGUGGACACAGAAGGUAUGGUAACAAAGAGACAAGAAGUGGUAGUAGAGACUGUAGUUGAACAAAUGACAGUGACUGGAAGUGUGCUUAAACAGAGUACAACCACAAAAAGUACAGUCAUAGAGAGUGUGGUCACAGAAGAGAGUGCUGUCACAGAAGAGAGUGUGGUCACAGAAACUCCAGUAGCCCCAGAGAGCCCAGUUGCAGCACCCACCCCCUCUUCCAGCCAGACCCAGCCUCAACCGGGUCAGAAGGAGUCUGUGCAGCCCCAGGCCCAGCCCCAGGCCCAGCCCCAGCCCCAGGCCCAGCCCCAGGCCCAGCCCCAGGCCCAGGCCCAGCCCCAGGCCCAGCCCCAGGCCCAGCCCCAGGCCCAGCCCCAGGCCCAGCCUCAGGCCCAGGCCCAGGCCCAGGACCCUCGUCGGGGCUCCAACCCAGCCUUAGGGCAGGUAGUAACACGCCUCACAGGGCUGAUUAAUGAGCAGUGGGCCCAGCUGGGUAGCAGCCAAGAGAAGCCGGACAAGCAGGAGACCCCCAGCCCCAGCACCCAGAAGCCUGCACCCGGGCAGGGGAAGCCCGCCGCGGGGAAGCCUUCAACGGGCAAAUCAGCAGGGAAGUCAGGGCCGUCUAAGAUGAGCUCCAUCCAGAGCCAGCUGGUCAGCUCCCUCAGUGCCCUGUCUGCAUUCUACUCCCCUGGACAGAAGGCUGCUGCCAGCAAACAACAAGGUCUGAAAUCCAUCAUGAAGAAGAACGAUGCUGCUGACAAGCAGGGGAACAGAGGAGGAGCCAAGAAGAAUCUCAAGUUUGUGGGAGUCAACGGAGGGUAUGAGACCACCUCCAGUGAGGAGGAGUCCAGUGGGGAGGAGAAGGAGGAGGCUGAGGAGGAGGUGGACAGCUCUGAGCCCGAGGAGCAGGAGGAGGAGCAGUGGGAGAAGGAAGAGCAGGAGGAGGGAGCUGGAGAAGCCCAGGGCCAGGGAGAGGCCACUGCCACAGGAGAGGAGGCCCAGGGAGCAGGAGCCCAGGCAAGGGAGACAGAGGGCCAGGGAGACCCUCAGGACCCAGACACCAGCCAGGCGCUCCUGGAGCAGCAGCCAGAAGCAGGGGAGACGAUAGAUAAGGACUUCAUGGAGGCGUGUCACUACAUUAAGGAUCGCAUGGCAGAGGUGGCAACCCCUGAUAAAGAAAUGAGGCACGUCCUGACGGUGUUGUACCAGGAGUGGUUCCGUGUGUCCAGUCAGAAGGACUCUCUGGCAGACACCGUCACCCUCUAUCUGAGAGAGGUGGGCAUCGCCACGCCAACCCUCCUGCGUUACAUCGUAAACCUGGCCGAUGGUAACGGCAACACAGCGCUCCACUACAGCGUGUCCCACUCCAACUUCCCUGUGGUCAAACUGCUGCUGGACACUGGUCUGUGUGAGGUGGAUACCCAGAACAAGGCAGGCUACACAGCGGUGAUGCUGGCCUCUCUGACAGCUGCUGAUGGACCAGACGACAUGGAGGUGGCUCUGCAGCUGCUGAGACAGGGAGAUGUCAACGCCCGAGCCAGCCAGGCAGGGCAGACGGCCCUCAUGCUGGCCGUCAGCCACGGUCGCACAGCCAUGGUGCGGUUGCUGCUGAGCUGUCAGGCUGACCUCAACGUUCAGGACAAAGACGGUUCGACCGCACUCAUGUGUGCAUGUGAGCACGGUCACACAGAGAUCGCUCGAAUACUACUCGAGUCUGACCACUGUGACACCAGCCUCACAGACAAGGAUGGUCAGAGUGCUCUGUCGGUGGCGGUAGCAGCCUCCCACAGUGAGAUAGUUGAACUUCUGAAGACCCACUCUGACUCCACCACCCAGGCCUCUAACCCCUCCUCCACCACCACCUCAGCCACCAUCAUCACCACCACCACCGCCUCUCUCCUCUGAGCCCCCUCCAGCAGCCCUUCUCUAACCCCUACUCCACCCUAUCACUGGACUCUCCCACCCUGGACCCACCAUAGCCCGGACCCCACUCCCCAUUCACCACCACUCUAUCUCCCCACCAACCAGAGCUCAGCUCACAGACAGGCCUACUGGACCUGAGCUGCAAGGAACCAGAAUAACACACAUUCUUCACAUUUCUGCCAACAUUCCGUGGGCGGGACUCUGGAGAUAUGUAUCAACCGUUUGGCAGCCAGCCAAUCAGAGAGGGACCUGUGUGAGGCAAUCAAAGACCCCUGUAGCCAUGGCAACAGUGGUGAUUGACAGGUGAUCCAGGAAGAGGGUAGAAAGACAACAGAAGGAUGAUGGAUUCCAGGCAAAAAUCAUAUUAAGCACAUGAGCUACCUUCAAAAUCUGUCAUAUUAUUAUCGAUUAUAUGGUGUUCCUUCCUUUUUAUACCAUUGAUAACAUUACUAUUAUUUUAUAUUUGGACAUAAGCCAUUUAUUGAAAUCAUAAAGUCUAUGUUAUUCUCGCGUUUUAUCGGAUACACACACUAUAUUUAUUUUGCAUUGCACUUUGUUUUAGUCUGUUUGAUUGAUAUUCACACUGUAAAUAUCCUAUCCAUGCUUGGUUUGUUUUCAUCAGUAUGACUUAACGAUUGACUCACUGGGACGUCUUCCAAUAUGAAGGGUGUAUAGUAGGAUGCAGCAUGCAGCAAUAUAAUAACAAAAAACGCAGAAUCUUCCGAAGCUACUAAACUGCAGUAUGUUGUAGUAACUGUCCACUUACUACUCUACUCAACUAUCUACAACUCUUUUUCUCUUUCUCCCUCUCAUGAACUAGCCUGGUCUCAGAGCAUUUCGUAUUAUUCUGUACAUAAAUCCGAGACACUCCAUUUCGUAUGAUUAUUACGAAUUAUAUUUCCUAUUAUAUGUUACGAAUUUGCAUAACAUACAAUAUGUUACGAAUUUGCCAAACGUAUGAUAUGUUACGAAUUCUA